AUGGCGCCAAGGAUCGUUGCGUCGGCGGAGGAAGCCAGUCGGCGAAAGAUCAUUAACAUCAAUGCUGAGACUAUAACGAACAUUCCUUCGACCGACUUUCCCGGACAUUGGCCUGGCGAGUCUCACGAAUGGUCGCUGGAAAAGUUCAAAAACAGUUUCCAAGUCGAGGUUCAUACCAACGAGCCACUCGAUUCUUCCUUCUCUCUCAUCGGUCUUGACGCCGCUAUCGCAAACGCAUUUCGCCGUAUCCUGAUAGCCGAAGUGCCGACCCUUGCAAUUGAAUACGUUUAUGUCCAUAACAACACCUCGGUUAUUCAAGAUGAAGUCCUUGCCUCUCGACUUGGUUUGAUCCCGCUCAAGGGCUCCAUAGAAGGUCUCAACUGGAUGCGAUGGUUCAAAAAACCAACAGAGGAGGACCCUGCUGGCAGUGACCCCAGUGAUUACAACACCGCUGUGCUGCGCCUCGAUAUUGAAUGCACAAAGAACGUGGAUGCAUCACCAGAUGAGGAAGAUCCUCGCAUUCGUUACAACCACGCGCAUGUGUAUGCUCGGGAUAUCGAAUUCGUUCCCAGCGGUCGCCAGGACCAGUACUUUGUCGACGAGGGUGAAUUAAGACCAGUGAAUCCGGAUAUUCUCGUUGCAAAGUUGCGGCCAGGGCAGAAACUAGAGUUGGAAAUGCACUGCAUCAAGGGUAUCGGUGGCGACCACACCAAAUUUUCUCCGGUUGCAACGGCUUCUUAUCGUCUUCUCCCUGAAAUCCGUAUUCUGCGCCCUAUCAUUGGAGAAGACGCAAAGAAAUUUGCCAAAUGCUUUCCUCGAGGAGUUAUUGGCUUCGAGAAGGUCACAUCGGCCGAAGCCUCCCAAAGAGGUAGUGGAUACGAAGGCCACGCAGGCGAAGACAAGGCUGUUGUUGUCGACGCAUUCAAGGACACCGUCAGCAGGGAAUGCUUGCGACACGACGAAUUCAAGGACAAGGUCAAGCUUGGUCGCAUACGUGAUCACUUCAUUUUCAGCGUCGAAAGCACUGGUCAAUUCCCCAGUGAUACCCUCUUCCUGGAGAGUGUCAAGGUACUCAAGCUCAAAUGCGCCCGCCUCAAGAGGAACCUGGCCAAUUUGAUGCAUUGA